CGCAACCAUAUGACAUCGCUUUUUUUAGUUUGUCGAAAGUUAAUAGACAAAGACGUUGUCUUUCUUAAAUUCAAGCAUAGAUAAUUCUACUUCAGCUAUUGUUGAAUCCAAUAAAACAUUUCUUUUACACAGUGAACAAGGGAACUUCGAGUAAAACUGCACUAAAUUUCUGAUUAAUUUUCAGUUAAAAUGCCACGACGUGGUCGAGCAUCUGGACCUCCUCCAAGGACGGUCAGGCAACCUGCCGCUUCUAUGCAGCGGACCUCAGCACCAGCUAAAUAUGCACCAGCUCCAACUUCAGUUGCACCACCGGCAAUGGCUCAACCUCAGCAGCCAUCAUUAAUGGGCCAAAUGGCUGCAACUGCUGGUGGUGUUGCCAUUGGUUCUGCUGUAGGUCACACCAUUGGCCAUGCUAUGACUGGAAUGUUUAGUGGAGGAUCUAAUGAAGCACCAGCUUCAUCAGCUGUGGCAUCUCCUAGUUCAAACUCUGCACAACCUGCUGGAGCUUGUGCUUGGGAAAUAAAGCAAUUUUUAGAGUGUGCUCAAAAUCAAUAUGAAUUGUCAUCAUGCGAAGAAUUAAAUCAACUUCUUCGUCAAUGCAAAGCUAGCAAUGGUUUAGCAAUGUAAAGAUUGAAAGGAAGAUUAGUCAAAUAUACUUACCAAUUGUUAAAUAGUACUGAGUUCCAGAAUAAAUAAUGAAAUAAAAACUUUCUGGUAUUAUUCAUUUGAA